CCUAAUUCCUUCUGUUGCAGACUCAUUUUUCUCAAAGACGAAGAAGACGACGGCAGCUCGAGGCUCUUGCUCAGAGCAGUAGCAGCAGCAGAAACAAGAAGAAGAAGAAGAAGAAGAAGAGGAAGAAAAUGGUGUCCGGUUCCGGUAUCUGUGCGAAGCGCGUCGUGGUGGACGCAAGGCACCACAUGUUGGGAAGGCUCGCUUCGAUCGUCGCCAAGGAGCUUCUCAAUGGCCAAAAGGUUGUGCUCGUCAGGUGCGAGGAGAUCUGCAUCUCCGGCGGAUUGGUCCGCCAGAAGAUGAAGUACAUGAGGUUCUUGAGGAAGCGGAUGAACACCAAGCCCUCCCAUGGCCCCAUUCACUUCCGUGCCCCCGCCAAGAUCAUCUGGCGUACCAUUCGUGGGAUGAUUCCCCAUAAGACUAAGCGUGGAGCUGCUGCUCUUGCCCGUUUGAAGGCGUACGAGGGUGUUCCUCCCCCGUAUGAUAAGAUGAAGAGGAUGGUCAUUCCUGAUGCUCUUAAGGUCUUGAGGCUUCAAGCCGGCCAUAAGUACUGCUUGUUGGGCAGACUUUCUUCGGAGGUUGGAUGGAACCAUUAUGAUACCAUCAAGGAACUUGAGAGGAAGAGAAAGGAGAGAGCUCAGGCUUCAUAUGAGAAAAAGAAGCAGUUAAAUAAGCUAAGGAUUAAAGCCGAGAAGGUUGCUGAGGAGAAGCUCGGUUCCCAACUUGAAGUUAUUGCUCCUAUCAAAUACUAAUUUGUGAUUUGAUCUCAGAAACAGGGAUAUUGGAGAAUUGAGUUGCAGUUGAAUUGUUUUUUUUUUUCAAUUUUGAUAAUAUUUAUCUUUAUUAGUAGACAUAAUACAUCUUUGUAUGCUACUAGAAUCCUUCAGCUUAGUCAAGUUUUGGAUACUUUUUGUUAUAUCAGUCUUAUUCAUGAUGCCUGUUUGUUCCAAGAAAAACUUCACUUUUCUGCCUUGGAUGUACACUUCCAUUGUGUGUGAACUCUGCAGUUGCCUUCUCAAUCUGAGGCUUGAAAAAAGGUAUUUUCAAGUUUCUUCAAA